AUGUCUUCGUACAAAAAGUUAUCAAUUAGAAAGUUUGCCGUACCCAUCGUGAAGGAUACGGAAGAAUCCAAAUUUUGGAAAAAAUUUAAGAUACACUCCACGCUCUCGGAAACCGCGUCCGUAACCUCAAUCAAAUUUUCACCCAUAUCACCAUACGAUUUUGCAGUCACAUCGUCAACCCAUGUUCAAAUAUACUCUUCACAAAAUUUCAAAGUUAAAAAGAACAUAUCGAGAUUCAACGAUAUCGCCUAUUGUGGGACGAUCCGGAAUGACGGCAAGCUAUUGGUGGCCGGGGAUGCUACUGGGUUGAUUCAGGUAUUUGAUACUAAUAGUCGGGCAAUAUUAAGAACGAUGCGAGGUCAUGACCUUCCAGUGCACAUCACUCGAUUCAUGCCCAAUAAUUCCCAAAUUUUCUCAUGUUCCGAUGAUAAAUCAGUUCGCAUAUGGGAUAUACCUGGUCAAGAGGCGACAUCAAUACUUCAGGGACACCAGGAUUACGUACGAGCUGGGGUAAUAAAUAAUGAUAAUCCUCAUUUGGUUUUGACGGGCUCUUAUGAUCAAACGAUUAAACUUUGGGAUUUGCGUUCCAACACUUGUGCUAUUUCCAUGGUACACGAUGCACCAGUAGAAGAUGUUUUGAUGUUUUCUAACGGUGGGAUGAUAGUAUCCGCAGGCGGACCUACAAUAACCGUAUGGGAUACUAUUGCUGGUGGUCGAGUUGUUCGCUCAGUGUCCAAUCACCAAAAGACAAUUACCUCCAUGUGCUUUAAUCAGUCACAAUCGCGUAUCAUCACCGGUUCUUUGGAUCAUCACGUUAAAAUUUACGAUGUUCAGGAUUAUGAAGUAGUUCAUAGCAUAAGAUAUCCGUCUCCAGUGUUGUGUUUGGCUUUAUCACCUGAUGAGAAAAGUCUCAUAACUGGAAUGACUUGUGGAUCAUUGACUAUACGACACCGGAAAACAUCUUCCCAAGAACAGCGUGAAAUAAAACAACCAAAAGUUGGAUCCUACCAAUAUUUUACACGGGGUCGUACAUACAACGGGAUGCAGGAUGAUUUCAUAAUAGAAGCAAAAAGAAGGUAUCAUCUUGCUUCAUAUGAUAAUUAUUUAAAAAAAUUCCAGUAUUCGAAUGCACUAGAUGCAGUACUGACAGAAACUACAAAUGCAAUUCUUACGGUUUCGAUGCUACAAGAGUUAAUCCAUCGUGACGUACUGAGAAUAGCAAUCGCGGGGCGUGAUGAUGCCUCUUUAGAACCAUUGAUUAAGUUUUUGAUAAGAUGGAUAAACGAUCCAAGAUACACAAGUCUCCUGUGUGAUGUCGGGGAGGUUAUAAUUGAAAUAUAUGCACCCGUGAUUGACAGUUCACCCUUGAUCAAAAAAUUGAUAGAAUCACUGCAUGCAAAAGUGAAGAGGGAAGUCGCUUUGCAGAAAGAGAUCUCCAAGGUUAUUGGAUCUUUGGAAAUGGUGUUUGCCAAAGGGACAAUCUCAGCUUCUGAAAUGACCAACAACACAACCAGUUUCUGA